AUGGACUCGACAUCGCCGCCACAAGGCAAAGCCGCGCCCGCCGUACCCGGAAGCACCAGCUCGUCGGGAUCUGUAGAGAGGUCAAGCUCCCAGUCGAGCCUGCACAGGUCCGGGCACGCCUCUUCCCACCGGCAGAGCUUUGCCGAGAACCUUCGCAACCCUCCGCCCUCCCCGCGCCAGCAACGACAUCCUUCCUUCACUCAAGCUGCGGUCCAGGAGCUGCUCAACUAUCCGCCUCAGGGGCGCCAGCCCAAUCCUCGCUUUGUCGGCAGGGAUUGGCGCGAUGUCGCCGUUGGCGAAUUGAUCUCGCAGGAUGACGUCAGAUGGGUGGACUUGAACACGAGCGUCGAAGAAGCAACCAUGACUCUUGUCAGGAAUACGCCGCCCGGAAUUGUCCUAGUCCGCGAGGAUCCCUCGUCCAAAAAAGCCGUCUCAACCUUUGAUUACAACGAUCUCAAUUCCUACCUCCUUGUCGUCGUCGGCCUGGCCAAGCCCGACGAGGAACAUGUCCAGCUGUGUGACGACAUCGCCAACAGAGCCCGCGAGCGGACUGCCAUCCCGCUAAGAGACAUCCAAGCGAUAUGUCGCAAGGAGACACUGGUCUCCAUCCCGGCCGACCAGAACCUGGCACAAGCCAUCGAGAUAUUCGGCAGUGGGAUCCACCAGAUCCUAAUCACCGAUCAAAGCUCCGCGGUGAUAGGAGCUCUCAGCCAACUGAAGGUUGUCGAGUUCUUCUGGAACGAGCGCGUCAAUUUCCCUGUAAUUGAUAGGCUUUACCCCGCCACCCUGACAGACCUCCAGCUUGGCUCGCAGCAGAUCAUUGCCAUCAAUGGCGAUAGCCAACUUGCGGACGCCCUGACCCUGAUGAAUAAUGAGGGUUUGACAUCGGUGGCCGUUGUCGAUAACGGGCUGAACGUCGUGGGCAACAUCUCCACGGCAGAUGUCAAGCACCUAACCUCGGCGACCAGCCUGCCGCUGCUACAACAGUCUUGCAUGCACUUCAUCUCGGUCAUCCUGACCGAGCGCGGCGUCGAGAAAGGCCGUGACUCGUUCCCCGUCUUCUAUGUGAACCCUUACUCCACCCUCAUGCACACCGUCGCAAAGCUCGUCGCGACGCAGUCUCACCGGAUGUGGGUGGUCCAGUCCGCCAGUCCUUCUCCCAGCGCCCCUGCGACGCCGUUGCUCGCCCCCGUCAAGCCAGCUACUGCCUCGUCAGCCGCCUCGGCACCGGCCAACACCUCUGGCACCGGGGCAACUCGUGACUCCACCGUCAUCCUCCCCGCCCCGGGCAACACCUCUGCACCGCAGUCGCCCCUCCCAUCUCCGGGCUUCCCGGCUUCGGUCCCGGCCGCCGCUAUGCCUGGCGCGCAUCUGUCCGGCAAGCUCACCGGCGUGGUUUCGUUGACUGAUAUCCUCAACAUGUUUGCCAAGCAGUCCGGCCUCAACCCGUCAGACCCUGGGGAGCAACGUGCUAGGAGGAGACGCAGCAGCAGCUCCUCUCUGCGGCCAAGUAUUGACAGCUCAAGGGCCAGUAUGGAUAUGAGGAGGUGA